AUGGAUGAAUCAGAAUUUGAUGUCAUCACAGCCGAUGAUAAUGAUGAACAACUCCAAUUCUUGCUCUGUUCUGAGACAUUAUCACCUGCUUUCGAUGUUAUUGAUGAUUCAGUUAUGCCACUUCAGACAUUAACCCCUCAAGAAUAUGAUAAUAUAUACACCAACAACAACAACAACAACAACGUUAGUGUUGUUGGUGCUGGAAGUACGAUAAUGAUUGCUGGUUCUUUUUACAUUCCGAAAUAUAUUGAAGAAAAACCAUUAGGUGAAGAUGCAAGUUUUAUUUGUGUUAAAGAACAGACUAUUGGUGUUGCUGAUGGUGUUGGUGGUUGGGCUAAAAAGGGUGUUGAUUCAGGUGAGUAUUCAAGAGAAUUGAUGAAAAACGCUGAAUCAGCAAUUCUAAAACAGAGAUUAGAAGAUAAUGAUAAUAACAGUACUAGUGUUGAUUUGAUGAAAGUCUUGAAAGAAGCUUUUGUGAAUACAAAGGCGAAAGGUUCUUCCACUGCUUGUAUUCUGUCUCUUUGUGAUGAUACAUUACACGCUGUUAACGUUGGAGAUAGCGCGUUUGUGGUGAUCAGAGACGGGGUUAUUGUGUAUAAAUCGGAGAUUCAGCAAUCGAGGUUUAAUUGUCCGUUUCAGUUAGGGAAUGGGAAGUCUUGUGAUGAUCCGAGUGUGGCAGAGAAGAUUAGUGUUCCGGUGAAAGCAGGGGAUGUGAUCGUGUUGGGAACGGAUGGAUUGUUUGAUAAUGUUCAUGAUUUCGAGUUGGAGAUGAUUGUGAAUAAUGGUGUUGAUUCGUGGGAAUCGGAUGUCCCUGAGACUUUGGCAUGGAGGAUAGCGCAAUAUGCAUUGGAUAAUUCGAAGAGUACAGAGCUUUAUACGCCUUUUUCUAGAGAGUGUUUUAAAGCUGGAUUGGAACAUAGUGGUGGAAAGAUUGAUGAUAUUACUGUUAUUGUAGCCAAUAUUUGGCCUUUGUAG